UCUUCCUUUCCCCUUCCUCUUUGGAUCCCUACUUACCUACACACCGUUGGCAGAUCUCCUAUGAACAACGUCGUAGCACCUCGUCCGCCUGAGAAGGACAAGCCAUCCAACGCAAUGGGAUCAGCACCUCAGACCGGCAAUGCGGGCUACCAGAGCUCCACUGGCAACUCGGCACCCUCCGCUGGAGCGUCCCCAGCCUCUGACUCUUCGCAACCCGAAGUUGAUUUUGUCCUCGUCUUCGAAGCUGUCCCCAAGAGAUACCAAAAGGUUGGCAAAGUGCCCUCGGCGCAGAAGAGCGCAAUCGCUCGCGAAUAUGAGAUGCUCGUGGAGAGGAUCGAGGAUGUUGGCCUUCAGGUAACUUCUCGAGAGGGGAAGCCCAAGUCUGGGCAAGUACUCCUAUUUGUCCGAGGUAAUGAUUCUGCGCUAGUAAAGAUUGGCAAGGAGGAAAACCUCAUCGACUAUCUGCAUGGCGUCCGUACACCCUUCGAGCCUGCUUCUUCUUCCCUCGGUCGCACCUCGUCUCUGGGCAAAGGCGGAGCUCAUUCCCUUGCCAUCUCGCAAUUCUCACCGGCAGACAGGCUUCGUCACAUCUACACUCUUCUCACGCUUCCUGCCACCCCUGCCACCUCCGAUGGUAUCACGAGACGAGGCGCAGGCCUUACAGUCAGGUCAGAGGAGUUCCCACACUUGGUCGAUAUUUCGCCCUUGCACGAUGAAGAGUACAACACUUCUUGGCUCAAAAAGUGGGGUAGCUCCAAUUCCGUGCUUUCCAUCAGCAUCUCCGAUCUUGACGAUAUUCGCCGACAUUUUGGCGAGCAGAUUGCCUUUUACUUUGGCUUCCUUCUCUACUACUUCCAGUCUCUAGCAUCGGCCGCUGCCAUUGGAGGAGCAUUCUGGCUCACCGGAUCGCCCUACCACCCUAUCUACUCACUAGCCCUUGUCUGCUGGGCUUGCUUCUUCGUCGAGUCCUGGCGGAUCAAGGAACGAAAGCUCGCCGUCAGGUGGGGCACACUCGGCUGCGGUGAAGUAGACACCCGGAGAUUGGGCUUCAAGGCAUACAAGAAGGAGACGGAUAAGGUUACUGGUGAAGAAGUUGAAGUCUUCGAGUGGUGGAGGAGAGAGUUGAGGAUUGCGGGAAGCAUUCCUGCCAUCAUCUUCUUUGCUGGGCUGCUUGGUCUGACUUUGACGACUAUGUUCAUUGUCGAGGUUUUCGUUGCACGCCUUUACGACGGACCUGGCAAGAAGGCCGUUCCCUUGAUCCCUACGGCCCUCUUCAGUAUCUGUGUGCCUCAAAUCAUGGCUGCCUGGCAGGCGACAGCUGGCUCUCUCACCAGCUGGGAGAACCAUUUCUCCCAGCGGGGUCACGAUUGGUCUAUGACAGUCAAGAUGUUCGCACUCCAGGCCUUUGUGGCCUACGGAGCCUUGACGCUGUCGGCUUUCGUGUACAUUCCUUUUGGACAGGCACUUAUGGACCACAUCGUCUCGCAGGGCUACUUUGCCAAGUCUAUCGCAGAAGCCGUGUCCUCUGGUAACCUGCAGCUGCGAUCAGACGGAGGACUGCAGUUCGAGAUCAACCCUGAUCGGAUGCACUCGCAGCUCUUCGCUGUGCUGACCACCUCGCAGGCUAUCAAUGCUUUCACUGAGAUUGGCCUGCCCUUCAUCUUGAGGAAAGUAGCGCAGUGGAGGACGGGCGAGUCGAAUGCAAAGGCUAGCGGAGCUGCUACUCCACAGACGCAAGGGGGAGCGAACGAGGGGGAGCGCAAGUUCCUCCAGAAGGUCUUUUCCGAGCUGGAUCUCCCCGCUUAUGAUACUUUUGGCGAUUACGCCGAAAUGGCAACACAGUUCGGAUACAUCACCCUCUGGUCGGUUAUCUGGCCCCUCGCUCCUCUGGGAGGACUCAUCAACAACUUCUUUGAGCUGCGAGGUGACGCCUUGAAAGUCUGCCUCAACACACGCAGGCCCGUUCCUCUGCGUACAGAUUCCGUCGGUCCUUGGCUAGAAAUUCUAGGGUUCAUCGCUUGGCUUGCAGCCAUGAGUAAUUCGGCUCUGGUGUAUCUCUACCAGCGCAGUCCUCAUUCUCAUCUGCCUGGCCACUCGGCAUACGAGGCUACCAUGCGCACUCACCUGCACCCUGGAGGAGGCGUCGACGGCUUCAAUGCCACUGCAGCUGCCACGAACUACUUUACCUCGUCGGACUCAUCUCCCUCAUCACCAUUGAGCUUCUCUCGCUUCCUUCCUUCGUUCCUCCCUACGAGCGGAGCUUCAGGUGCCAUGGUCGCGGCGCUCCUCGUUGCCCUAGCCUCGGAGCACGGCUAUGCCCUCGUACGCACCUCCAUCCGCCACGUCCUAGAGCGUGUUCUCUGGCGCGGCUCAGACGAGGAGGUUACGCUGAAGCGUCGCGAGUGGGAGGCGAAGCGUGAAGCGGUGGGCAAGGCGAGACUCAAUGAAGGCGAGAUGAACGAGAAUGUGCAGAAGAGGGGAGAGAGGGAAGUUCACAAGGAGGGGUUCUGGUCUAGCGAGCAUGAUGUUGGACUCAAUGUCAUUAUGGGCAAGACGGAGUAAAAGGUCAGGCAAGGCUGGAAGGCCCUGGAUUGGAGGGUCGGAGGAUGUUGAAGAAUAGGACAAUGGUGAAAGAUGAAGAGAAGGUAGCGUUCACGCCCUGCGGGUGUUUCACAGGCCCGGUGAAUCGGGUCGCACACUAUUUGCUUGGUAUGCCCUUCCGAUCUUCGUUCGCUCGUUCGUAAAUGCCAUGUCCAUCACGAUGAACCGCUUCCAGAAUGACGGACUGAGAUACUGCUAUUGCUCACGCUCAAGGGAGAGCCACUUCACCUUCUUCGCCAGACUUCUUGAUCCCAACUCCAGCCAGAAAAGCGAUUCUUGUAGAGCUUCCAACGAGACUCAACAAUACAGUCGUUGCUUGCAGCCCCGUCCUCCAAUUCCAAGGUACCAGUACCCCG